UUACCAUCCAAAUAAAAUAUCUGUCACAAAAUUUCAUGUUAAAAAAUGUCCAAGGGAUUGGAAGUGGGCACCAAAUCCUCCGAGUCUUCGGAAAGCGAUGAAAGCAACGAAUAUACUAUCGCAUCUACUAAUGACUCAUUCAGCCUGGCGAACACCAAACCAAAAUCCAAGUUCAACGAGAUCGAAAGUGCCAUGAUAAAUUCCGUUCUGGAGGAGACCAUCUUCAAACUGAUCAUCGUCAACAUGGAAGAAGACCACGGAAGCACCCCCAUCGCCAAGAAGCCCCCGAUGCACGUGCGGUUCGAUCCGUCCUACAAGAGCAGGAUGCCCAACGAAAAUCAAGCGAUCGACGUAGCGAUGGGAAUGAUGAUUCUGGUCAAGUUGAAAAAUGACAUAUCAAAUUUAAGGAAGCUACUUUCCGAUACACACGUUGAAAUGGCAGAAUAUGGUUCCUUUGAGACGCUACAUACCUUUAUGGACAACGACAUUCAAAGUGAGAAAGAGGAACAUCAGCUCAUUCGGGAUAGUAUUUUGAAUGAGAAGAGGCUAAAGGCCCUGCAAUCGCAGCUCGAUGGCGAGACGAGGGAGAGGAAAUCUAUGCUGAAGCAACUGAACGAUGAAAUAUUUGAUUUGGAAACGAGGGCUCAGGACACUCAAGUGGAAAACGAAGUCAAGUCUAGACUGGUACAGAAAUGGGAAAACACUCGUCACGAACAGGCUAGAAUAGUCAUCGAAGGAAAGGAGAACGGUUUGAUCAAGACAUCCAAGGAUACCAGAGAUAACAUCGAGAGAGAACUGCGACUUAGAAGUGAAAUUGAUGUCUACAUCAACUAUUGCAUCGACCAAAUAAACGAUAAAAUUUCCUUUUGGACGGACAAGUAUCAGCGCGAAAUCAAGGCGUUUGACCAGGAUAUCACCCGUCACAAGGAGCACAUUGCCGAGCUGAAGGUCAAGUACGAGGAAAUGGUUAUCCUGUACAAACAUCGCGAGAAGGAGAUCAAGAUAUGCGCCGAGUCCCGCAAGGAACGGGAGAAGCAAAAGGCUUUUGCCAACAAACAGCACCGGUCGGCAAUUAUGAUUCAGGCCUGGUGGCGUGGCACCAUGGUACGCAAGGGUUUGGGCCCGUUCAAGAAAAAGAAGAAAUCGAAACCUCCGAAAGCGUCGAAGAAGGGUGUAAAGAAGGGCAAAUAGAUUCGAUAUGACUGUGUGCGGUAAGGCAGGAUUUCUUUUUCAUUCUACGAUUUAAGGGUGUGUGACAGCAGGGGAGUGUGGAUUUUCUAUUGUUUUAUUAAAAAAGUGUGUACUCAGCGCUAACACAGUUCAAUACAUUUUUUUUUUUUAUAGAAUAAAAGUGUUCAGAUCUCUACGACGACAAGCGAGACAAUGCUGAUUCUGCGCCGCUUGUUUGUCCGAUUUCGAAUGCAAUACGCGCGAUCAAUAUACAAUAUAUAGCUUUGAUUACCCUUCAAAUCAAUGUAAAAUUCUACUCUUUCGUUUCAAAUAUAAAUAAUUUCUUUGUUCUCCGCGCGCGCGCAGUUCUCGCAAUAUAUAGUUAUAGAAAAUAAUUUAAUAAAUAUCUUGUCUACCAAUGUUGUGUAUGAUUCGCCUUUUUCAUGUCUUCAAAAAAGAGAAAUCGUAAACCAAACUUGCAUCAAUCAAGUGGAGAUUUGAUUUGCGUCCAAUUGACUGCUAGGGUGAACCGUAAAAGCGCUUCCAGUAGUUUGGAAGUCAUUUCUCAGUGUAGGUGUGCUUUUCUGAUUACAUUUGUUGUAAUUAGGCCAUGUGUUCAAUCAUGGUAUACCAAGGAGUAACGAUUUCUAUCAUCGAUACGAUUUAUAACACCAUAGAUUGAACCAGUAGCGAGUAUCCUAAUUCAAAAUAUAAUAUGUUUGGGUAAACUUGGUUCACCCUAGUGAUCCUAGGGGCGCAUUUUAUUAGUUUUGUAAUUAUGACAGUACCAUCGAAAACAACAUAUCAAUAAAACUGGCCACUAUUACGCUUUCGUAUGUAAACGCUAAAAUACUGACACAUUUACAUUCCGCUGACUAGUGCUCAAAACUGCGAUUAAUUAACUGAAUAUUGACUAAAUUGAAUUGAUUCACUUUAAUCGGUCUGGAGAGAGCGAAAACUGGAACAUGGAACACAGGUUCUAUUUGUUGGUAAUGAUGUGUAAAUUGCAGUUUUUGGCACCAGUGCACACCAGUAUAAGCCCUGAAGGCAGUUCAUAUCGAAAAUGUCAUCCUCAACAAAGAGGGUUGAAUACUAGUUUUGCUCAUAUUUGUGGUUCGAUAUUUGCACAAGUGCAGCGCUUCUGUAUUUGACCAUUGCAUUCUUACAGAGCUGCCAGUCUGCUUGCUAUGUUGUCUUCGAUAAUAUGCAGUUUUCGAUUUAAUUUUUGCUUACAGAAUGGCGUUACAUCUUUGUUUUAACCAUGCGUCAACCAACGGAAACAACUAUAAGUAGUUUUGAAAUUGUAUAGGUAAAUCACAAUGUCGUUCAUUAACAGUGUUGUAGUGUCAUUGGAAUUAUCGAGUUCAUAAGAUUGAGCCACAUAUUUGACUGCGUUUGCAUGGAUCUGAUCUAUGGAUAUAUAUAUAUAUUUGGUUAUGUUUUGUAACAGUCAGAUAUUGUAGCGAUAUUCUAUUAGAGUUUAAGGGGAAAGGUAGACCAAAUUAGAAUUAGAGGAAGUCGCUGCAGUAUGUAUACGGUUAGAGCGAGACUAUUUUAGGUUCUGUGGUUUGUUCUUUUAUAUUGUCUUUAAGAAUAGCGUUUUGUUUGUGUUCAGAUGUUUCGAAAAAUAUUUUGCCAAAAACCACAGAGCUUUUACGAUGCUUUGUGUACGGGAUACAACUGUCGCCAUUUAUCCACUAUACCAAAUGGUAGGUCCUUUUUAAAAUUAUGAGUAUGCAGAACCUAAUAUAAGCUUCUACUGCUCCAGAAA